UCUUCAAUUUCCAGUUGUUUUGAAACAGUGGUGGAUGCAUCCAUAAUAGAUCUCAUGGUUAUUGUUUUUUAAUUCCUGGAAGAUGAGAUGAUGAUGACGAGCUCGUUAUUAUUGGCCACAAUCUCUUCAAAGCUUUCUUUGCGAUGGCUUCGUUUAAAUACAAUGGAGAAUGGUUGCAAGAGAGAAGAGGCGGCUUAAUCGGUGCGAUUUUUAACUCCGUGGUGCCUCGAAGCGAGCAGGGUUCUCGCGUCGCUCGUCGAGGAAGGAGGUUUCCUCGUAAUUUUCUUAAACCUAGAUUCUUCAAUUGGAUUCUGCUUCUUCUUGCUCUACUCUUCUUGUUCGUCUUUGCUGCAUUUGGCCUUAAAUUACUCUCCCAUGGUAAUGAGGAAGAAAAACAUCUGCCCUUGUUAAAAGAAGUACAUCAACAAAUUUCCAGCUACGAUGCUACCCCAACGCCACCCAAAAGCAAGCGUCGUAAGCAGCAUUUUCCUUGCGAAGUUGGGCUUGCAGAUGCAGUUGAUAAUAUUUUAGAGCCCAAGAAUUAUAUGAACUAUACACAGUUUUCACUAGACUAUGUAGAGAGGGAGGAGAAUCGUUUGCAUGCCAACUCACGUCAGAAUAGAUUUGGAGGGUAUCAAACUCUUGAAGAAAGAGAGAACUCGUUCUUCGCUAGGAAUCAAACUAUUCACUGUGGUUUUGUCAAAGGAAUGUCAAGAUUAUCAAGCCCUGGAUUUGAGUUGAGUGAAGAUGACAAGGCAUACAUGAAUACUUGUCUUGUUGCAGUAUCUUCUUGCAUUUUUGGAAGCUCUGACUUUCUAAGAAGACCAACUAGCAGAUUGAUAAGUGAAUUUUCCAAGAAAAAUGUGUGUUUUGUUAUGUUUGUGGAUGAGCAAACACUGUCGAAAUUGUCUUCGGAAGGGCACACUCCUGAUGAGAAAGGAUAUGUUGGUCUGUGGAAAAUUGUUGUUGUGAAGAACUUACCGUACUUGGACAUGCGGAAAACUGGAAAGGUCCCAAAGUUUUUAUCUCAUCGUCUUUUCCCUUCUUCUUGGUAUUCAAUUUGGCUUGACAGUAAGAUGCGACUUAAUACUGACCCCAUGCUUAUCAUUGAAUUCUUUUUGUGGCGAAUGAGAGCAGAGUAUGCCAUUUCAAACCACUAUGAUCGCCAUUGUGUUUGGGAAGAGGUACUACAAAAUAAGCGUCUGAAUAAGUACAACCAUACCGCCAUUGAUGAGCAAUUUAUGUUUUACCAGUCUGAUGGGCUCAGAAAGUUUGAUCCUUCAGACCCAAAUACUCCUCUUUCAAGUUAUGUGCCCGAAGGUUCCUUUAUCAUCCGAGCCCAUACACCAAUGUCAAAUUUAUUUUCUUGCUUGUGGUUCAAUGAAGUUGAUCGAUUUACCUCACGAGACCAACUUAGCUUUGCAUAUACUUUUUUGAAGUUAAGGAGAAUGAAUCCAGAUAGACCAUUCCAUCUAAAUAUGUUCAAGGACUGUCAGCGCAGAGCGUUAGCAAAACUAUUCAGGCAUCGGUUGUUGUCAUCUCCACCACCUCCUUAACCAAUCAGAUUAAUGCUAGUUUUCUGGAGCGCAAAGCAGUCUAUGAAGCGAUAUGCUCGCCGAAAGCAAAACACGGUUCUUUACGAAGUAAACCCACGACCCCGGGUAUCUUUUUUCCAUGGGGUUUUCAAGCAUGGCAGGAAUUAAAAGCGGAACCCGUUUCUUUGGAUAGCUGUAAGUGCUUAAUUACAGUUGGCAGAGAGUAGACAUAUGGUGAAGAAACGAUAGAGCCUUAUUGGCCUUAGAAGAUGGUUCAAUGUUAAAAACUGCAUUGACACAAUCUGCCGUUCUCUGUUAAGCCAACUUCCUAUGAAAACUUUUCUCAUAACAACACUUUGUAAUAUCCUUUCAAUUUUAUAUUAUUUGUACUUGAAAUGAAUGCCAGAUAGGGUUAUAUGUUUAAUGAGUAUUUAUUUAUU